AUAAUCAUAUCUAGUCGCAUACAAAGUGGCAUGCCGAUUGAAUAACGAUGGAAUUGUGAAUCGGGAAUGACGAAAGGUUCAAUUUAUACUAAAUACAUUCUUAGGAGUAAGUUUGGAUAAAUGCUUUAUUCUGUAACAACACCGGAGAAUGAUAGAGGUAAUUGAACGCUAAUCAAUGCGCGAUACAUGUAAUGUAACGAAAGGGUAAUUAAGGUGAAUCGUAUCGAACCAUGACGAAAUUAUUCCGACAGAUUCUGAAAAAUCUAAAUGAGUUAGAUCAUACUCCGACCUGUCGUAUUAUCGACAAUAUAAACUUUGUAAUAUACCACUAUGUAUGUAUGUAGAUACAAAUUACUUAUGUCACCUCGUGUCUGGGAAAACUGUGGAAGGAAAGGUCGGGUCGUUUUGUUUUGCUAUUUGUGCAGCCCACGUAGCAGCAAAGAUUUCGCGCAGGCAUAAUGCUAAUCCCCAAUUUAGAAUAAUUUAUCAUAAUGAAAAACCAGAAAAAGUACGAAAGGCAAACCAGUUGAAACCCUAUCAAACUAUAUUGAAUCUCGUGCAAUCAAAAUCAGCCGAAACUAGAAAUAUCGCCAGAAAAACGGAACCGAUUUGAAAAAACCCUCUAAACUUUAAAAAGCCACCAACAAAAGAAACUACGCAAUCUCCGAAAUAUCAAACAAUAACGCGAAACUGAUCUGAUUCUCUUUGAACUUUAAAAACCCACAAAUUCAAAUUCGCUGCCAACACGUGCUUGUAGACCGCUUGGCAGAAGCGGUAACUUGUUUUCGGGUGUAAGAGAGAGAAAGCCUGUGUACCCCGAGUGAAUACUACGAAUGAGUAAGAGAGAAAUAUCACAUGGAGGGCGGGGCUUCAAGUCUUCGCACACUGAUGUUAAGUUUUAAGCUUGUGGUGUUUGAUUGUGCUCAAGUGUGCACACUGAUAUGAACGCUACUGUACUGCCAGCUGCUGGUCGGGGUGUAGUACUGAUCUCGGGGUACACUGAAUGAGCUUCAGAGCCGCCUAUGCUCUUGCUCUUCUAUAUACCAGUAUUUGGGAAACAGACGGCAACACGGCAAGUUUUCAGGAUAUUCGCAAGUACCAAGUAGGGCGCGGGCAUUGUGAUAGUAGAUAAAUAUUAUUGCGACAUUAAAAUAUAAAGCAGUACAUAUUAUGGAGACCCUAGAAUCGAGUCGUGUGUGCCGUCUGUGCGGCCAGCUCUCAACGAUCUGCUUAAACAUCUUUGAUAAGAACGAAAGCCAUGUGAAGAAAAUCAACAGCGUUCUUCCGAUCAUGGUGCAUGAAAUGGAUUCUCUUCCAAAGAAAAUGUGUCAUCGUUGUAGUUACAAGUUGGAGGAAUUUCACAAAUUUUAUACAGAUUGUUUGAAGACAGAUAAGAAAUUGAAAAGCCAGUUGUCAUGGAUGAAGAGAAAAGAAGCUGAGGAAAACUCAAGAGUUCCCAUGGUACAGAUUCAAAACAUUAAGGUAAAAUCUGAGCCUCCAGAUGAUGAUAUAUGCGAACUUGAUCCAAUAGCUGAGAAUGUGAGUUAUAUACCUUCUAUGGACUCGAUGACAAAUUCCAUGAAUACUGUCAGGAAUAACAAUAUUGAGUUGCAUGGUAUUAACAAUGGUAAUGAACAUUUGGGCAGAGAAUUUAAUAAUUGUACGUACUACAGUUCUAGUUAUUCUAAAAAGAAUCCAAGAAACAAUACUUUGUUGGUGAAUCACUUGAAGAAAAGCCCCAAACUGAAUACUAAAAAAGAUUUGCAGGGUAUGAAUUCAAACAGUACAAAUAAAUCGAAACUUGGCCUAAGAAUGAACAAUACAAUGAAAGAUAGACCUAAAGCCAGUCAUAUGUUGAGAGAAUCCAAUGCACUUGGCAUUAGAAAUAUUUUGGAUAAUACUGACAAUGAAGUGAGACAAACUACAGUGAAGACCGAAAAACCAGAAGAUGUUGAAAUGUGGUCUUCACGGCUCAGAAAACAAUCUACAGAUUAUAAUCCGAAAACUAAUAAAAGUACCUCAAUUCCCUACCCUGCAAGCAGAUCUAGAAGUACACACAACAAAAAACUUGAAUCAGCAGUUCCAAAUGUUGAUCCAGCAGUACAGGAAACUAUUGGUAAUCAAAUAAAAUUAGAACCACAGAAAAAGGUUCUAAGGAUUCUCAGACCAAGAAAGUCUGUGAUAAAUUAUCUUGACACGAAGAAAAAAGAUCCAUCUUGUCCUUCAGCUGAUACACAGAAAAGAACGAGUAAUGGAAAACUUAGUACAAAGAGACCCAAAUCAUCAAAAAAUUCCAACAAAACAUCAACAUUGAGCUCUGGCCAAUGCUCCACUAGAUCACUGCCUAGUUCAAUCGCAGUUAAAGUGAAGAAUGAAAUCCCUUCAGAAGAUGAAACAUCAGAAUUUGAACAGGAGAAUAACCGACAGUAUAAUGGAAUUUCCAAACGUAACAGCCGGAAUUCACUUACUUUAUUUAACUGUGAAGCUGAAGUCAUUGCAAGACGUGAGAAAAAAGAGAGCCAAUCCAACAAGGUCAAAUAUACAUCAAAAUCAUUGCCAAAAGAGACGAUUACAAUGUCCACCAGUAAAGGAGUGAUGAAGCGACUUUCAGAUGAACCUCGAAAAACAAAAAGCUUUAGAAAUCAGGACUUGCGUCUCAGGAGUGGUAAAGUACUAAAGUACUCUGACCCUCCCCACAUGAUACUCAGGAGUUUGAAGAAACGGGUACUUCAAACGACUGCGACAAAAUAUGUACUUGGUAAGAAUUUACCAGCAAAAAUAGAAGAGAACGUGAGUAUGGAAAAAGUUCCUACGUUAUUGAAAGCUCCUGAUGAUAUCAAACAUUAUUGCGAAAAAUGUUUCACUGAAUUUUCGAACAAAAAUCUGUACAAGCAACAUGUGUGCUACUACGAUUAGUAGUUUCUAUACUUUAGAACCGAUGGUGCUAACACUCAUUUCAAAUGAGACUCCUGUCAUGAAGAUUUGAAACUGAAACUCUAAGAUUGUCCUGUAGAUGUAUGUGCAUGGUAGUAUAUUAUCUUAGCUAUCAUGACCAAAUAUACAACGCAUCUCACAGAAUCAUUUAUACAUAUACUUAUGAUUAUUUUUGAAAAAAAUAUGUUUUGUUGUAUUUGUAACUUAACAAUUAAGAAUAUAAUCAACGCUGAAGAUUAUUUCACAGAUUGUUAUCACAGUGACAAUCUAUUGUUCAAGUGUUUCUCAUCUUAUUGUUAGUUAAGAGCAUUGUUGAGAUGAAAGUGAUGAAGAUAAAAAAUAUGUUAAUUCGGACAAAACGUGUUUGACCAAACUCAAAAAUAUAUUCUUGUAAUAUUAGUUGGUAGUACAUAAAAAUAGAUUUAUCAUUGUUACAGAUUUACCUAUUUAGUUAUUAAGAAGAAAUAUUUGUGAACUAACCAAAGUACCUAUGUAUUCUAGGAGUAACUCAGAAACAGUUAUCAAACAAUCCCGGGUAACCUGUUUAUAUUUAAAAAGACGAAUUGCUCCAAAUAUCUACCAUCAUACACCUUAAGUUUACGUAAAAUCAUUAUGACUUCAUUAAGUUCGGAUUUUGGCUAUUUUUUUCCUUUUUCUUUUAUUUUGAAAACCAGAAGUAGAAGUAACGUAUGACGCACACUCUUUAACAUCUACGUGGUAUGCACGUGAUUUAUUUUAUCAUUACUGAGUAUAAAGAAAUGCGCUCAGAUACCCAGGUAUAUCAAAUUUGAAUAUACGUACAUAAAUAACAGUUUUAUUUUCGUGUGUCAUGGUAUGAUCUUAUUUACAGUAUGAAAAAUAUCUGUGAUUUAUCAAUUAGUAAAUAAUAAUUUCGAUUGCUCUAUUACGGUAAAAAAAACAGACAGCUUACGGUGUUUUGUAUAUAUUCUAGAAUACCCAGUUGUCCGUCGACCGGCACCUCGGGUUGUAAGACAAAUUGUUUUUGUUCAAAAUACAUUACUUUCAUUUGUAUGCCUCUCAUAUUCAUAAACUGCGUUUGUAAUAAAUUAUUCAAUUAUGAAUAA